ACGUUGUCGCAUAGUCAUAGGCAGAGGGCAAAGCGGCGAGCAGCAGAGAGGCAUCGCCCUAGAUAACGGUAGAAUCGUGGGCUGGUGUCGUGCUGGUUUUCGCGAAAGUGCUUCGAAAACCGAGAGGAAAGGAUAGAUUCGUUCGCGAGAAGAAACGAAACGUUCCCUGUGGCGAGGUCGUUCUCUCGCGGUGCGCGAACCUAAGCCGCCUCGAGCCACACAGUGAGUAAUCGGGUUCGUCGAGGCGAGUAGACCGGAUCGAGAGUACCGUGGCCCGUACAGGCUUUGGUGCACCCGCGCCGCGCGAGAUUUCCGAAGAGCAAAGUGCGAAAUUCCUUUGGCAAAUGAUACGUUUUGUUUCGCUGUUCGUAACUGCGUAUCGGUGAUUCCGCAUCAACCGGCACCAGCAGUACCAUCGUGUUCCAUCCUCUUCUCGGUUUGUUUCGAUGUGUUCUCUACCUAAAACCGACGACGAUCAACAGCACAGAAGUAGGAAGAAGCAGCGAGUAGCCGUCGGAGAAUCUUUGUGCGGUAGGAUAUAGCUAGACUGCGAACGAGGACGGAGAACGCAAGAGAGGAAGAAAGAGAGCGGUGAAAGAACGAGGAGAGACGGAGGAACGGUGAAGGAAGGAGUGUGCGAAGAGGAUAGCCCGAGAGACAGAGAGAAAGAGACGAGGAUAGAGUGCGACGGAGGGCCAUUAGAUACGAGGGAUACACGGGUGUAUACAUAACGUCGACGUACGCCGAGCAGAUCCAACGAAUAUUUUGAAGGCGCUAAGAUCAGUUUCAAGAGAAGGCAAAGGAGUGGAGCAAAACGUGGCGGAUUCGGUGACCCCUCGGCUGUGACCAGAGGCGCACACAGAAUUAGGGCAAGGAGAUGCGUGAAUAUAAAAUAGUGGUGUUGGGCAGUGGAGGCGUAGGCAAGUCCGCCCUCACUGUCCAGUUAGUCCAAGGCAUCUUCGUCGAGAAGUACGAUCCGACGAUCGAGGACAGCUACCGCAAACAGCUCGAGGUCGACGGUCAACAAUGUAUGUUAGAAAUCCUAGACACAGCGGGAACGGAACAAUUCACAGCCAUGAGGGACCUUUACAUGAAAAACGGGCAGGGUUUCCUGUUAGUGUACUCGAUAACGGCGCAGUCGACGUUCAACGACUUGCUGGACCUCAGGGAACAGAUCCUGCGGGUAAAGGACACAGAUGACGUGCCUAUGGUGCUGGUGGGCAACAAGUGCGAUCUAGAGGACGAGAGGGUGGUGGGCAAAGACCAGGGCGUCAACCUUGCCCGGCAAUUUAACAGCGCCUUCAUGGAGACCUCUGCCAAAGCCAAAAUUAAUGUUUACGAUGUCUUCUACGACUUGGUGCGGCAAAUCAACAAAAAGUCGCCUCAGAUGAAGGUGAAGCAGAAAAAGAAAUCGCUGUGCCUACUUCUGUAAGGUAGAUUCUAGCAGAAGCCCGUACUCUCCUGCAUGAACAAAUUCACGUAUAAAAAGAAAGAAGAAAAGAAAGAGGGAAAGAAUCAACCAGCAAACGACCAGCAACAAAUCCGGACACAGCCAGCGGAUGACACAGGGGUGGGUUUAGGUGAUCACGGAGCAGAAACUAGACCUAGAUAGCGGGGAAGAAGGGGCUGAUGAAACUAUAAAUAAGUAGAAGAAACAGAGAUAGAAGUCGUGGAACACCGAGGAGAAGAAGCGAGAGGGAACGACCGAAGAGGGAACUAUAUAACAAAACGAAGAACGCGACGACGCGACAGGAGGUCGGGGAGGGACAAAGAGAGACUGGAGAAAACAGAUGGAGAGAGAGUGGGUGGGGUAGAAACAGCGAGUAAAAAGAAAUAACAAAUAAUGAAAAACUAAUAAUGUUGUAUAUACGUUGGUCCCGGGGUGGCUCGUGUGCACGCGCAAAUACAAAGGGCGCACAAAAGAGUUUUUAGUGUUAACGAGGACCCCGUGGCGUCGGUUAUCAUUGUAGUAGGAGUUUUGCAUUAAAUAAAUAAAAAAAGGAAAAAAACAAACGAGAGACAAGGAAGAAAGAAAGAAGAAAGGAA